UAUUCCAAUAUGCAGAAGACCAUCAUCAAGACUCUCUUUUUGGCCUUGUUGUCCUGGACAGGCAGCGCCUUUGUGGCCCCUACUCCCGCUACCCGCACCGCAGUCAGUCUCAAGGCUCUCAAUGACAAUGCCCAGUGGAAAGCGGCUGCGAUCACAGCAAUCGUAGCGGUCACUCAGCAUCCCUUGGUUGCCUUGGCUGAGGAAUUCACGUAUGGCGAUGAUUAUGAAUAUGGUGCUGUUUCGGCUCCCAACUUUGUUCCGAUUAUCGGCGGCAUUUUGGCCAUUGGGACGGCCUUGUUACCCAUUGCCCUUCAAUCAGGAGAAGAAGCAUUUGAGGAAAUGAAAGACUCGGACGGAUUUGGACAAGGAAAGGAUGUCUUGAAGAGCCGUAGAAAGUGAGCGAAUGAGAUAUGGACCAUGGUUUCGAUGAACGCAAGGACGUCGAUCUCGGGAACAAUACUUUGAACAGAACUUGAGGUUUCAACAAUGCGGUGGAGUAGAGUACUCUGAGACGAAGGCACAAUUUGGGUCUGCUAAGCUAAUCAAACAAGUCAACAAAUGCAAAAUUUGUUCAUUAUUGAUGGACAGAACUGAGGCUGCGUAGGCAUUGAGGCAAAAUUUUAAUCGACCAGUCAGUUAUCCCUAUUCGCCCUUCACCCUUCAUAUGGUAGUAUAUUAUGGUCUGUUCACUGUAUGAAAAUAUGUAACGAGUCCGACAAUCUCGCCUCUGAGUAUCUUGGGAUGCCGCAAUACUUUUGGCUGCAUCCACCACGCUGUUUGCAUUAGACUAGUUUCAUGCGCUGGCUAGUGAACACUGGAGAGUUCACCUCUUUUGAAUGCUACCAGAACCCUGUCAUAUCUCGAUGUUGCUAUUCCUAGCUAGGUGUUCUACAUUCUACAGCAUGCAUGUGUACUAGCUAUCCAUGUCAUCCGGGCAAUUGGAACCAGUCCGACAUGGCCAGUGCUUAACACUGGACCUGAAACCAGCCAAAGCCAAAAAUACCCAUCACUUUGUUUGCUAUCCAUCCUUGCAACGUCUUGAGGAACACAUCCUCCUAGCCAGC